AUGGAUUACUUAGCGACGUCAAAAUUACAGGUCAAAGCUGUCAUGCUUGGCGAUUCAAGAGUGGGAAAGACUUCGCUUCAUAAUAGGUAUCAUUUAAAGAAAUGGGAUCCUAAUUCUGCAGCAACAAUUUCAGCUGUUUGCUUAAAAACAGAUUUAACUAUAGAUAAUGUCAAUUUCGAUUUUUGCGUAUGGGAUACUGCUGGUCAAGAGAAGUUUCGUAGCAUUUGUCCCAUUUAUUAUCGAUAUGCUCAUGUGGCAUUAAUAGUAUUUGAUCUUACUUCAAGUAGUACUUUCGAAAUGGUUAAGUUUUGGGUAAAGGAACUUCGAUCCCAAGGACCAAUAGGUAUUCCUAUUGUAAUUUUGGCUAAUAAAUACGAUAGAAAAGAUGAAGUGGAAACAUAUCCACAAGAAAAUGAUCUAAUAGAAUAUAAAAACUCUAUAGGAGCAGAUUGCUUUUAUAUGUCUGCACUUACAGGCUACAAUGUCGAUGAAGCAUUUUUGCAUGCAGCAAAAAUCGGUUUGAAAUUCUAUCAAGAGCAGCAAUUAGUAUCGAUGCCGCAACCUCCUAAGUCUUCUACUCUUGAAAGCACAAAUCAAGCUGCUCCACAACAAGAAAAAGCCUGCUGUUAG